CCUGAUGCUGAAUACGAAGAACCUUUCGGUAGUACCACGGGAUCAACAACAGAAGAAGGCCGUGUAGCCUUGAGCGUUGAAGAGGUGCCUGCCUUUGAGCAGCCCCUCAUCAAGGGGCAUCUCAGUGGCUUCGGUGAGGCCACUUCUACACCCGCCCGAUGGAAGCGAAGCCGAAUGUGUCUACGGCGAUGCUACAGUUUGGAGUCUCUCCGACCGCGGCAGUCCCGCUGGAUGCUGUCACCCCGAAUAAUCGAAUCCGAGGAGCGGGAGGAGGAGGCAUCCAAACAAUUACAGCGUCCACAGCAAAAGGACCUAAGGCGGUCUGCCCCCUUCGUUUUCUCCAGCAACCGACGGAGGGUGCACACUGAAAACGAUGUCUCAACUGUCCUCAUUCUGGAACAACUGAGUUCCCUUCUUAACGACGAGAGUGCCCACUUGGAGGACGCUGCUGACGAGGACAGAGCAGAAGUGGAACAGGAAGAUCGAAGGUCCCAAAAGUUCGGCCGAUGCGGCCUCUUCCCUGACCGAGCCCGUGAAACAGCCGCUAUUUAA